CAGAACUUUUGUAGAUGUGGGCGAAGAGGUGGACUAUCAUUUUAUUGUUUGCUUUUUGUGGUUACGAAAGGUGUGCGACCGAAAGCGACAGAAUUACAGUUGCAUUAAGAAUCGUACCAGAAAAUGGGAGUAAAGUGCACUUUGAGGGUUCUUUCGGCAGAACUGAUCCUACGAUUUUGACAACCCCAUCUUAUGACACCUCGUCAGGCCAGAUUGUGUGUGGUUCCGCGACCGUGUCCUUAGAGUCCAGUACAAAGGAUCCUGUUUGGCAUCCGAAGAAGGAGACCUGCAGUAGCUCGGAUACCAACACUACAAUAAAUGUGAACGAGAAAUUAAUAAAAGGUAAACAAGAGGAUUGUGGUGAGCUGUUUAUCGCGUGCUGUACCUUCGAAGCUGGCUGCAGCAAGAAUAUUACUACACGCGUUUUAAAAAGCGAAUUUAACUGUUCCCAUCCAGCAGAGGAAAUGUGGGUUGUGCUUAUAAGAUACGCACCGCAGUGCACGUACGACUACGAAUUUAAAUGGGUGUACGGAAAAAGUGCCUACCGGGAGCCAGCAGGAACAUGUGUUGCAGCCAACAUUUUAGCGUGCGAUCUGACCACCUGGCUGAAUGCUGAUACUCUGAUAGAAAAUGCCGAUGAGGAGAAAU